CUCAACAGUUUUAAUUUCCCCAAAUAAAUCAAGUAUAGAAGAAACCAAGGCAGGUUCUGUCACUGAGAGUCUUAGUCUCUGUCCACUACAAAAGCUCUCUACUUGCUUGUUUUGUUGUAGAUAAAGAGAGCAAAAAGAUGGGUUUUAAUCGUCUUCUUGGAUCCAAUCUCAGAACCCAGCUUCGUUCAUGUACAAAAUAUAUUGCUGCUUCUAGAAGUCCACAGGAGCAUCUCUUUCUGGUUCCCUUUCUGUCCAGGUCCUACAGUACAGGGUCACCUUUGCAAAAGGAAGAACCAAUAACUGAUGAGAAAGUUCUAGGGUUCAAGGGGCAUGAUAUGCUUGCGCCCUUCACAGCUGGGUGGCAGAGUGCUGAUUUGCAUCCUCUGAUUAUAGAAAAGUCUGAGGGUAGCUAUGUUUAUGACAUCAAUGGGAAGAAGUAUCUUGAUGCUCUUGCUGGUCUAUGGUGCACAGCAUUAGGUGGAAAUGAACCUCGCCUAGUUGCUGCUGCAACUCAACAGUUGAAUACCUUGCCAUUUUACCACUCCUUUUGGAAUCGUACUACUAAACCAUCUUUGGACUUGGCAAAAGAACUUCUAGAAACUUUUACAGCUACAAAAAUGGCAAAAGCCUUCUUUACAAAUAGUGGAUCCGAAGCCAAUGAUACUCAGGUGAAGCUAGUUUGGUAUUAUAAUAAUGCACUUGGGCGCCCGGAUAAAAAGAAAUUCAUAGCUCGUCACAAAUCGUACCAUGGUUCAACUUUAAUAGCCGCAAGCCUUUCUGGCCUUACAGCUUUGCAUAAAAAAUUUGAUCUUCCAGUUCCAUUUGUAUUGCACACCGACUGCCCACAUUAUUGGCGCUAUCACCUUCCAGGUGAGACAGAGGAGGAGUUCUCUACCAGAUUGGCCAAUAACUUGGAGAAUCUUAUCCUCAAAGAGGGACCAGACACAAUUGCUGCGUUCAUUGCCGAACCUGUCAUGGGAGCAGGAGGUGUGAUACUUCCCCCUGCAACUUAUUUUGAGAAGGUUCAAGCUGUUGUGAAGAAAUAUGACAUUCUAUUUAUUGCUGAUGAGGUAAUCUGUGCAUUUGGAAGGCUUGGGACAAUGUAUGGGUGUGACAAAUACAACAUCAAACCGGACCUUGUAUCUGUAGCAAAGGCACUUUCUUCUGCUUAUAUGCCAAUAGGUGCUGUUCUUGUGAGUCCAGAAGUUUCAGAUGUCAUACACUCUCAAAGCAACAAGCUUGGUACUUUUUCUCAUGGGUUUACAUAUUCUGGACACCCUGUAUCCUGUGCGGUUGCAAUUGAAGCACUCAAGAUCUACAAGGAACGAAAUAUUGCCGAUCAAGUAAACAGCAUUUCACCAAGGUUUCAAGAUGGCAUAAAAGCCUUCUCUGAUAGUCCCAUUAUAGGGGAGAUACGGGGAACUGGAUUGAUCCUUGGUACAGAAUUUACAGACAACAAGUCACCUAAUGAUCUAUUCCCUCCGGAAUGGGGUGUAGGUGCAUAUUUUGGAGCCCAAUGUGAGAAGCAUGGAAUGUUAGUACGAGUUUCCGGCGAUAGUAUAAUGAUGUCUCCGCCAUUUAUCAUGUCUCCUAAUGAGGUUGACGAGUUAAUAAGCAAAUAUGGGAAAGCACUGAAGGAUACUGAAAACUGGGUGAAGGAGCUCAAGUCUAAGCAGAAAUAAUUUGUAAAUGCAUUAGCCGAUGAUGGUGAAAAAUAUGUACACUUCAUGUAAAGCAAAGACGGUUCCUUUUUGUGUCUUGUGAGAUGAAUGGUAUCUGAAUAAAGCAUCUUUUAACAUUA